AUGGUUGCCGAACUAUCUGAGGCAGAUCGAGCCUUUCUCGACGGCUUCACGGAGGAGCAGAGGAAAAAGGUCAUGUGGAAGCUCGAUAUCAGGCUUGUACCCAUGCUUGCCUUCCUCUACCUCAUUGCAUAUCUCGAUCGAGCGAACAUCGGAAACGCCAAGAUCGAAGGUCUGAUGGAAGACCUCAAUCUUAGCGGAACGCAAUACAACAUUGCUCUUUCCAUCUUCUUCGUGCCGUACAUCAUUCUGGAGAUGCCUAGCAACACCCUCCUGCUCAAGUUCAAGCGCCCGUCCCACUAUCUCGGUACUCUUGUGACACUCUGGGGAGUUGUCAUGACCUUGACGGGAAUUGUCAAGAACUUUGGAGGUCUUCUGGCCUGUCGCCUCCUUCUUGGAGUGUUUGAGUCCGGAUUCUUUCCCGGAGCCGUCUUCACCAUUUCCCGCUGGUAUCUCCCGAACGAGGUCCAAGUCCGAAUCGCCCUGUUCUACUCCGCGAGCGCCCUAGCCGGUGCCUUUUCAGGCCUCCUCGCAUUCGCAAUUGCAAAACUCGACGGCGUCGCCGGCGUCGAGAGCUGGAGAUGGAUUUUCAUCCUCGAGGGCAUCGCUUCCGUGGUCGCUGGUGGUCUCACCUUCUUCCUCCUAAUCGACACGCCGGAGCUUUCCAUGUGGCUCACGCCCGAUGAACAGAAAUAUCUUACGCUUCGACAGCUUGCCGUGCAGGGAAACAGCAUGCGAGUGAGAGAGGCGGAGAAGGCUCGAAAGUGGGAAAUUGUCAAGUCCGUCCUCCUGGACUGGCAGCUUUACCUCCAAGCCCUCGUCUACUGGUCCAACACGGUCCCCAACUACGGCAUGAAGUUCACCAUGCCCCAGAUCAUCAAGAACAUGGGAUAUACCAGCAGCAAAGCCCAACUACUCACCAUCCCUCCCUAUGUCAUCGGCGCGAUUUCUGCUUUUGUUUCGGGCGUCUUUUCAGAUCGAUUCAAGUGGCGCAUGCCCUUCAUCGUUGGAGCUCAGACGCUGGUUUUGAUAUCAUUCGCUGUCCUGUUCGCCAAGGCUGACGACAUUGCCAACAACAUUCCCGUCUGUUACUUCUCCAUCAUCCUUGCGAGCAUUGGGUUCUACCCGAUCAACCCUGGUGGCAACGCCUGGACGAUGAACAACCUAGCCGGACCAACAAAGCGAGCGCAGGGCAUCGCGUACAUGAUCUGCCUCGGCAACAUCGGUGGCAUCAUCGGAAGCUACAUCUAUAUCGAAGACGAGAAACCCAAGUACCCGACUGGCUUUGGCUCUUCUCUUGGCUUCGCAGGGCUCGGUGUUGGAGCCUGCUUGCUUUUGGAGUUUUUGUACUGGAAGAUCAACCAGAACCGCUCGGCCCUUACAGAGGAGGAAAUCAGGGCGCAGUAUUCUGAUGAGGAGUUGGAGAAGAUGGGCGAUCGCUCUCCUCUCUAUCGAUAUACUCUCUAG